GUUUUUAUCUCCUUAUCUUUAUCAAUUUAAUAAAAAAUUAGUAAAGAAGAUAAGAAAAACAAAGCCAUGUAAAAUAUCUCUAGAAAUAUCUGUGCAUUAAUCCAAACUUACACUAACCUCUAAGCUCACUCACUCACAUUGUAAUUAGUACACAGCCACACAAGAGCACAUAGAAACAAAAACGUGGAAGUUUAAAAAGCCAUAAUUCACAACACUUCUAAACUGUGCGGCCUUAUCUCCUUCUCCUUCCUUUGCCGCUCCCUCCCUUACCCAAAAUGGCUUCUUCAAUUACCGCUUCACUCGGAACAACUUCUUCCAUAACCAAAACCCCAUCUUCCUUUUCACUUCACAACACUUUCCGUCUCAAUACCCUUCUCCGUCUUCGACCUAACCACAAAACUCCCACUGUUUCUUUCGUUAUUUCUGCUAUUGCCACCCCUAACACUCCCAUCCUCACCACUCAAGAAGCUCUUAAAGGUUUGGGUUUCGAUGACGCUAAUGACCAAAUUAGUCGUGUACCUGUUGCCGUUAGCAAGGACGAACUCGACAUUUCCCAGCUCGGGUUUCCUUCCCAACUCGUCGACUCGCUCCAGAGGCGUGGAAUUACCAGUCUUUUCCCCAUUCAGAGAGCUGUGUUGCUGCCUGCAAUAGAAGGUAGAGAUAUCAUUGCUCGCGCAAAGACUGGGACUGGAAAGACAUUAGCAUUUGGAAUUCCAAUUAUCAAGGGUCUCAUUGAGAAUGAACAAAGCAAUACGAGGCGGUUUGGUCGGCUUCCUAAAGUAUUAGUUCUUGCACCUACUAGGGAGUUAGCAAAGCAGGUAGAGAAGGAGAUAAAAGAAUCUGCACCUUAUCUAAACACGGUUUGUGUUUAUGGUGGUGUUUCUUAUGAUAUUCAAAAGAAUGCGCUUUCACGUGGUGUUGAUGUAGUGGUUGGAACACCUGGGAGACUAAUUGACCUGAUAAAUGGGAGAAGCCUACAACUUAGUGAAAUUCAGUAUUUGGUACUUGAUGAAGCCGAUCAGAUGCUUGCUGUUGGGUUUGAGGAGGAUGUGGAAUCAAUUUUAGAAACAAUCCCGUCUCAGAGGCAAAUAAUGCUUUUCUCUGCAACCAUGCCGGGUUGGGUCAAGAAGUUGUCAAGAAAACAUUUGAACAAUCCAAAGACUAUUGAUUUGGUCGGUGACAGAGAAGAAAAGCUUGCUGAAGGGAUCAAACUUUAUGCUGUACCAGCCACUUCAAUAUCAAAGCGGAGAAUUCUUUCUGGUCUUAUAAGUGCCUAUGGAAAGGGUGGGAAGACUAUUGUUUUCACAAGGACAAAAAGGGAUGCUGAUGAAAUAUCAUAUUCAUUGACAAGUAGUAUAGCUUCUAAAGCACUGCAUGGUGAUAUCUCUCAGUAUCAGAGAGAGAGAACAUUGGAUGGUUUUCGGCAAGGGAGAUUCACAGUGCUUGUUGCUACUGAUGUUGCUUCUCGUGGACUAGAUAUUCCCAAUGUUGAUUUGAUUAUACAUUAUGAACUUCCUGAUGGUCCCGAGACUUUUGUACAUCGCUCUGGUCGUACUGGACGUGCAGGAAAAGAGGGUGCUGCUGUUGUAAUGUUCACCGCUAGCCAGAAAAGAACUGUUAUAUCCCUUGAGCGUGACGUAGGCUCCAGAUUUGAAUUUAUUAGGCCACCGCCUAUGGAAGAUUUACCGGAAUUACCCACCAGGCAAGUUGUUUCCACACUUGGUAGAGAUAGAAGUAAUCAGAGAGGUUAUAGAACCGGUGGAGAUGACUGGUCAAGUGGAGGUAGACGGUCAGGUGGGGAUGACUGGUCAAGUGGAGGUAGACGGCCAGGUGGGGAUGACUGGUCAACUGAAGGUAGACGAUCAAACGGGUAUUCGUCAUCAAACAGAUCUUCAUCACCAAACAGGUAUUCGUCAUCAAACAGAUCUUCAUCAUCAAACGGUUAUUCGUCAUCAAACAGAUCUUCAUCAUCAAACGGUUAUUCGUCAUCAAACAGAUCUUCACCACCAAACAGAGGUAAUUAUCGAGGGCCCUGUUUUAAUUGUGGACAAUCAGGGCAUCGGGCAUUGGACUGCCCCAAUAAAGAAGACUUAUUCUAGUUGGAACGCAUUCAAUUUUGGCGUCACCUUGUUCAAUAAUUGAGCUGCCUCCAUUGUUUUCCUAAGUGGUUCAAGAAAUUGAAAGGUGCUUUCCCCAAAAGAAUUACAGAAUCAAAGCUACUUUACAACAUCUUUCCUAUUUGAUUAUCUCAAUUCUCCAUAGAAGUUCCCGCAUUUGAUAUCAGUUUAUGUUCUCCUUGUUGUAAAAUUGAUUUAUGGGUUGCAUUGCGGCAGUGAUAUUCGGCCAGAACAUUAACCAUAUGAUGCUAAUUUGUCUGUACAGCCGUUGUGUUUAUCAUGGGCUUGAACCUCUACGUUUCAGAAAAAAGACAGGAGUAGCUUUAUAGAAAGAAUAUAUUUCCAAAUCACUCCAUUGAAAUAAUAAUAUCACAGUAUAAGUUUGUCUGUCCUGUA